AUGUUGACUUUUGUUAUUGUUGACCAUGUUGCAGUUACAGAAGAUAUGGUCACUGAGGUUGUGAUGUUUGUAGUUGAUAUUGAUUCGGUUACUGUUGGUUGUGUUACUGUAAUUUCAGCGGUUGUUGACUCCGCUGUUACUAUCAUUGUUGCUAUUACAGCUGAUAGUCCUGUUGUUACGACGAUUGUUGGUUAUGCUGUUAUUAUUACAAUAACUGUUGUCACUUCUUUUAUUGUUCCUGUUAUUCUGACAUCUACCUUUAAUGCUCCCAAUAUUAUGACAGGUACUGUUGUUACUGAUGUUGCGACAGCUGUUGCUAUUGUUAAGACAACUGCUGUUUUUGCUCCUGUUCUUAUGACAUUUGCUUUCGUUGCUCCUGUUCUUAUCAUAUUUGCUAUCGUUGCACCUCUUCUUAUGACAUCCACUAUCGUUGCUCCUGUUCUUAUGACAUCCACUACCGUUGCUCCUCUUAUGACAGUUACUAUCGUUGCUCCUGUUCUUAUGACAUCCACUAUCGUUGCUCCUGUUCUUAUGACAGUUACUAUCGUUGCUCCUGUUCUUAUGACAUCUGUUAUCAUUGCUUCUGUUCUCAUGGCUGUUGCUAUCGUUGCCUCUCUUAUGACAGUUACUAUCAUUGCUCCUGUUCUUCUAACAUCUACUGUAGUUGCUUCUCGUCUUAUGGCAGUUACUAUCGUUGUUCCUGUUCUUAUGACAUUUGCAAUCGUUACUCCUCUUCUUAUGACAUCCACUACCGUUGCUCCUGUUCUUAGACAGUUGCUAUCGUUGCUCCUCUUCUUAUGA